AUGUCGGGAAAUCAGCCUUAUGGCAUUCUGCAGCCAUGGCUCGCUGCAACGGUGGAAGAUGAGGUCGAAGGCGCCAUGGGGUACUGGGAGAUGAGCCCAAGCCAGAGGGCGAAAUGUACCGCCUCGCAGGCGCUCGAGGUCAUGUACGAGGACGACGGAAGCAACCUGCGAAUGGAGGUCUACAGAAAUGUCAAAGACAAAGCAUUUGUCCAGCUUGUAGAGUUUACUCAAGUCGAAGACGACGAGCCCAUCGACGCCGUCGUGUCGGACAGCGAGAGCUCCAUCAAAAUAAGGUUUUCCAAAAAGCUGCGGGAACAGCUCGAAGAGAAGAUGAGGCGUCGCAUCACGCAGUGCACCAAAGGCGGCAUGGUCAGGCUCAAGCAGUUCGAGAUCAUUGUGCCACGUUUCAACGCAAGUGAUGGGGAUCCGAUGCAUCUUCUUCUCAAAGAUGCUGAGUUAUACGGUGGACAUGGCGCGGCCGUGUAUGGCCACCCGAGGCCAAUCGAGACCUCCCCGAAGAUUAGGAGACUGCUCAGGCGUUUCCACAGGACACAUUCAGAGAAUGGCAGCGAUGAUUCAGCAUCGGAGCAUACGCCAGAGGGCUCCGAUGACGAGGUGCUCUCUCAAGGGGAUCCAUCAGAAGCCAGCCAAAGCCAAUUCGGGACCCAGGCGCCUUUUUCUCAGCCGCCUGUUCUUCACAAAAGAGAUGGCACCACGAUUCCAUCUCCUACCAUGAUCAAGAAAGAGCCGAUCGAGCAAACGAGCGCAUGGAAACAAGUCCAACCCAAGUCGGCAAAUACCCGGCAGGUGCUUGCACUCCUAGGCCAGCAGCGCGGACAUCAUGUACCAGCAGAUGCCUCGAUGCCCCCUCCCGCUCGCCCAGGGGCAAUGCGUCAACACUCACACUCACCUUUAUCACACUCAAAAGUUCAGAGCCCCAAGCAAAACGUAAUCCGAGAUGUAGCUGAAGAAGAGCAUGAAGAGGUAGCCGAUCAGGUCAUGGACGUGGCAGAUAUUUCCGAUCUCAUUGCCUUAGAUGAGAAUCCCAUUGUUACAAGCGAUCCCAGAGAAUCGGAAAAUCCGGUCGAAGAGCAUGGCCCGGGUAAGAGCAACGCCUCCGAAGAAACUGGGUUCUCCGCCGAACUACAACUACUUAAAGGCGCUGGCAACCCAAAUAACACCCCUACUUCGUAUCAGAUCCCGGCCGUCAGUAGUUCCACGGUGACUACGACUAAUUCCAGUCUUCCAAACGUGUUGCCAACAACUGAGAAGGACCCGGUGGCGCAAGCCUCCCAGAAAUGCAAAGAGCGGCUCUUUCAUCAUCCCCGUUGGAACUGUGUGCUCCCUGCUACUCGUUCAGCCUGUAACAUACCUCCGGAUCAAGAGAAUAUCUUGGAAAGGCCCGACUCCAUCCUUCCCUCACCUGUCGGGCACCAUUUUCCCGUGGGCAACAUACCACGUCAUAUACUGAUUAAAUUGUCAACAAAGGCAGAGGAGCGUAGUGGCAUAUUGCAAGUGCCAGAAGACGACGCCGAAGAUUCGGAAGAUCAUUCAAUUGAGCCUGAAAAUGUGCCGACUUCGGAUAUCUCUUGGCCCGAAUCCCCCGUUCGGACGGUGAAACGCUUGGCAGACCUCCCGCCAGAUAGCAGUGUGCCGGAAGAGCAGGACACAGGCGAGAGUGCUAUGUUUUCUCAGAGAAGAGGAGCAAAUAAUUCACAUCAUCCUGAUAUUCCUUCAUCGCCGCCGCAUACAUCCUCGCAAUCUAAGUUUCAAGAUGAUCCAAUGGAUGACGAGUCUGACUUGGAAACCUCUGUGCCACAAGCAUUCUCAUAUGCCCAACAAGAGCGAUUUCCGAAAAGUCAAGCGGGUCGGCUGGACGAACUUGACAGUCGCAAAGACCCCCCUUCCGACCGAAUGUCACGGCAUGUUUCCUCAUCUGGACAACUUUACACACAUUUGCACCUUCCAGAAACCUCUCAACCUUUGCAGAUGACGAACUCGUCCGUUUCGGGCGUGACCCUGCCCGUAACACAGCCGCCCCGGUCACCGCUGCGUGAGGAACACAGUAUUUCAUCCUCAGCACCGGUCAUGCCAUGCUCGUAUGAAGUUGCAAGGGCACCACACAACACUCAACACGGGUCUACAUUUGACGGCAGUGCUGAAAGCAAGAUGGUAUCUCUUCCGGACCAAGAAGAUGCGCUGGUGGAACGUCAGAUCCAAAAUGAGCAGGCUAGUCGGCCUUCGCAGCGGCGAAAUCUAGCUUCACCUCCAUUCCAAGACCGAAAUACUUCUGCCAGCCCUACAGUGCGAUGUGAAAGAGCAUCGCAAUGCGAGACAUCCCCUGCAAGAAGCUCACCAUAUCCACCCGCCUGCAAGGACCCACCCAUAAAACGGGAAGCACAGUCCCCGUCACCUCCAAAUGAAUCCCGCAAGCGAGUCAAGAAGUCUCACACAAACUUCCACUUCAGCCAAGAUCCGCCCAUAUCACAAGAUCCUUCUGCUCACUUACGCAGUGCGAGGCGUCAAUUUUUCACCAACAGGGAGAUGGACAGUCCUGUCGAUGAGUCUCGGCAACGCCGAGGUUCUGGAUCCUCUGCCUCAAGCCAAGUAGAAUCUGAACUUGGCAACUCGCCAGCGCGCUCUUUCAGUGCACGGAGUACCAGAUAUUCUGUUCAAGUGAAAAAGGAGCAUGCUGAGGAAGAACCGAAUAAUGAUAGUGGGUCUCGGCAACCCUCUACCUCGGGCAUACGGCGGCCGGCAUCAAGUGGCACGAACUCGGACACCCCUAGAGUCGAAACCCUUGUAGGGGUUAAAGCUGAGGCCAUUGAGGAUGAUGGGCCGUCAUUGUCACUCAUGGAAACAGAUGCCACUUCUAGACGUACUUCUCAUGAAGCCAUGGACAUCGACAUCCCCACAGGAGAACAUUAUCAAGCUUCUGCAGUCGACCUCACCACCACUGAAGCUCAAUGUGCGAAUACGGCUGAAGACACUACCCACGUUGAAGAAACGGUGUUACUCGGCCAUUCCAAAUCACCGCAGAAUGAGGCUCACAUCGUUCCACCAACAGAUGCUGGCAUUGCCGACAGCAUGGGGACUCCCGGCGAUCCAACAGCCCCUUCUCUCGUUGAGAAAAUGAUGCCACCCACCACAAGGCCACAGCAAACUGCGGCUAACGAUACUUCGGUGAACCCUCGCGGUGGUGCCGACGCGGGACUAACAGAACUCGGGCAAACCGAGCCACCCGGCAAGGAUCCCGGUGUCACAAAGCCGACUGAUAUUUUCGACCAAUUCAGCCAGGCUUAUCCCGAGUACACUGGAAACCGUAAACAUUUUGAGAACCUCUGUGGGCAACUGGAAUGGUUGCGAAGUAUUGAACGGGGCCUUCACCCGUUUCUAUGGGAUGACUAUAUCAUCAGAUCAAGGAUUGACUUCAAGAAUUACACCGAGGGGUGUGCUGACGAAGGCAUUGAUCCUCUCCCAUGGUACAAGUAUUACGUGGAGGCAAUUUAUACGCCCCGGUUCAAGAGAGGGAUCAUGAACCCAGCCAUGCUAGAGAGGUUCUUUGCUGAGCAGGGCAGACCUUUGAAGCCCGUCAUUCACUCAAAUGUAUCUCGGAUGGAGCCCGCAGCGGAGAGAGGCCCGCCUUCCACGAUUACCCCGCUCGUUGAUAACACCCCACGAAGCAGAGACAACCAUCGCCCCAGAGGGCCCAGGCGACGGGGGCGAAAAACCGCCUCCAACCUACAAUAUGGAUCGACUGGCUCACCGCUUCAGCAAAUCGCGAAUCGACCGGCUGCUCAUCCGACCACUUUCCCGGCCACGGGUCCUUCACCCGCUCCCAAUGAUAAGGCCCUGCCGUCGGUCACUUCCAUCGCGCAUCCACUUCCUCGUAGGCCGCCUCAGCCUGUACCCGCUCCCGCUUCCGGGCCGUCACCCAAGCCACCCGCCGCUACGGCCCAGCGGCCGCCCAGAGGCCCAGGCCAAAACAGGCCUCCUGCUCCCGCUCCACUAAGUUCGGCAACAUCCGCAAGAGCAGCGAUCACAUCCUCAGCCCGUGCCGUGUCCAACAAAUCGUUAAUUCCGUUGAGCUCGCGUGCUGGGCCGGAACUGACGGCGAAAGGGAUCGUCAAGCACGCCACCACCAGGAACAACGACAAUGACAACAGCAAGCGCAACGGUAACAGCAUGCCAGCACCAUCUACCAGCACCAAUGAGAAGCGCCCGAACGGCAUGCCCGGUCCCCCGCCCCCGGCUAGUUCGGCACAGCGCGAGAGCAGCAAUGCCAAGGGCGACAAGCCGAAGCCAAAAACUAUGUUCACAAUGUACAAGGAGCAGCGGAAGAACAGAUCCAGGCCUGGGGGGAGUCGGGCUGGGAGUACGGCUUAG